UUCACACAACCACAGGUUCAAAAUAUCUGUGUAGUUGAAAUUCCGGCAUGGCCGCCGCAUUAGCCUCAUCUUCUCUCCACUUAUCAGCAGCUCGGCAGCUAUUGAAGUCAUCAGCUUUCGCUUAUCCAAAGAAACAGAAUUUGAAGGUUGGGGUUCGAGUGAGGGCCGCGUCAAAAGGGAAAGACGAUAGCAGUGUGGAAGACCCUUCAAUUCCUCAGUGGGCCCAGCCCGGUUCGGAAGAGCCUCCGCCGUGGGCCCGAGAAGAAGCCCAGAAAGAGAGCUCGGGCGUGGAGGUUCCCUUCUACGCUUACUUGAUCGCAUCCAGCAUCACCGCCAUUGCUGCGAUUGGGUCUAUUUUUGAGUACGUGAAUGAGAAGCCAGUGUUUGGGGUAUUGAGUUCGGACAGUGUAUUGUAUGCGCCUGUGCUGGGAUUCUUUGUAUUCACUGGCAUCCCCACUUCGGCAUUUCUUUGGUACAAAUCUGUUGAAGCAGCUAAUAAAGAGGCGGAGGAACAAGAUCGGAGGGAUGGAUUUCUCUGAUUUUACUUGUGUUUUCCAUUAUGCUCCUCAUUUCUGGCUGGAUGUAUCAUGUAUAUACCAUAAUAUAUGAAUUUUGUUGUGCA